AUGAGCCAGCUGUUGUCUAAUACUACUAAUAUUGAAAAUAAUAUUUAACAUGAUGAUGAUUUAUCUGAUUAUGAUGAUGUAGAACUUCCAAAAAUGUAAAGGAUGAAUGCUUUAAUCGUCUUUGACUAAUAAGUUGAAAAAUAAAUACAGAAUUUUGUUCCUAAGAAUUAUACUAAAAUAUAUUAUUCUGAAAAUUGUCCAAUAUGUUUAGAAAAUAAAAAAUUGAUUCCAUUACAAUGUGGACAUACUUUUUGCUUUGAAGACAUAUAAGAAUUAAUUAUUUAGGCUCGAAAAGAAAAUAGAAAUAUAUCUUGUUGCAUUUGUAGAACUGAACUGAAUCCCUGUGUUUAUUAUGAUAACUAGUUAAUUAAUUCUUUUCUAAUUGUUAGAUGA